UUAUGUACUUUUCAUGUCCAACUACUACAUGUAGGUAUCUAAUACGUACACUUCUCAGACCCAUGAUCACUAGCCUACAUGCAGGCUAGACCCUUCAAAUCCAGCUGCUAUUCUAUGUAUACAACUAUACAUACCUACACUGUGCUACACAGUUCCCACAUCUCGCAAAGAAGCGGCACCUACGAUGUCGUGAUCUGCCAAGUGACCUACUAGGUAGUAUUCUGUCUCUUGUCCUGCCAUCGCAGGAAUAUGCGUGCCAGGGAUCAUAUGUCAGGGGAGAACACGCUCGCUCGCUCAUCGAAUCCCGGAACCUGUUUUCGUAUAGUAUGUGCAUAGUAGUGUAGGUCGAGCAUAAUAAUAACAAAGGAAAAGGAAGUGUAGGCAGUCUAGUACGUAAGUAUAUAAGAUCACUGCUUCCAUUUUUCCACUUCACUUCCCCAAUCCUUGAACUUGAUUCUCUCGUUUCCAUUCCCAAGCUCAUAGUUAUAUAGGUAGCCAGGCUAGGUUUCAAGGCAAGACACAUAGGUGCCUACUACCCGGUCAACAUCAUGAAAGGCUUCACUUCCAUCCUAUCCCUCGCUAGCGCCGUGAUCGGUGUCGCCUGCGCCGAGCCAAUCUACGAUGCCAUCAUCAUAGGCGGCGGUCCCUCGGGACUAAGUGCUUUGAGUGGUCUGGCGCGCGUGCGUAGAAACGCCCUCUUGAUCGACUCGGGAGAGUAUCGCAACAAUCCCACGCGACAUAUGCACGACGUCAUCGGUUUCGACGGUGUCACACCCGCCUACUACCGCUGGGCCGCGCGCUCGCAAAUAUCGCACUACCCCACCGCCUCCGCCAUCAACGGCACCGUCACCAGCGUCGACGCCCUCAACAACAACACCCUCUUCACCGCGCACACCACCUUCCCCAACGGCACCUCGGCCCCCCUCUCGGCCCGCAAGCUCGUCCUCGCCACCGGCCUGCGCGACCUCAUCCCCUCCACCCCCGGGCUGCUCGAGAACUGGGGCAAGGGCAUCUUCUGGUGCCCCUGGUGCGACGGCCACGAGCACGCCGACCAGUCCCUCGGCCUGCUCGUGCCGCUCGAGGAGGCCGCGAGCUCGGCGCGCGAGAUCGCCACGCUGAACAAGGACGUCAUCGCCUUCGUCAACGGCACCGACACCCCCGCCGCCCGCGACGCCGCCGAGCGCAGCUUCCCCGAGUGGGAGCGCUACCUCGCGAUCAACAACGUGCGCGUGGAGAACCGCACGAUCGCGCGCAUCAGCCGGCUCCGCGACGGCGCCGCGCACCCCGCCGACCCGAGCCUGCCGACCGCGCCGGAGCUCGACCUGUUCCGCGUCGACUUUGCCGAGGGCGAGGGCGGGGCGCCGGUCGAGCGCGCGGCCUUCUUCGCGAGCUUCCCCGACGCGCAGAAGUCGGACGUGGGCGAGCGCAUGGGCGUCCAGCUGUGGGGGGGACGGCUGGCGGCGGACGGGACGAGGGGGCUCGCGACGAAUGUCCCGGGCGUGUACGCGGUGGGCGACGCAAACUCGGAUAAUGUGACGAAUGUCCCGCACGCGCUGUUCAGCGGGAAGAGGACGGCGGUGUACUUGCAUGUCCAACUCGCCCGCGAAGAAGCCCAGCGCCAGUUAGCCGCCAACAGCACCGACACCGACACCGCCGCCGUCGCCAAGCGCGCGCUCGAUCUACGCUCCGUCUGGGAGGAGAUGAACCCGCGCGAUAUCCUGUAUGCUGGGGAGUUCGACCAGUAGGGUAGGGUACCUUACACCUAUAAUACACUAUGUGAGGGAUAAUGAGGGAAGAGAUAUCUUAAUUAUCUAUCUAUCUAUCUAGGAAGGUGGCCAGACUUGGGUAUGUGUAUAAGUCAGGUGGAAGGAAGUGUUGUCUAAUGAAUGCAUGUCACGAUGCUUAGGUAGGUAGGUACUAUUGAGGGGUAUGUGUAGGUAUCUAUCUAUCUACAUGGCUUUGGUUCUUGUAUAUAUAUAUAAUAGGUAUAUAUGUAAUGCAAGCUAGGAACCCCCAAAAAAUGAAGGGAUGGGAAAUGCGGGAAGUUUGGGGGGGAAAGAGGUAGGUAAUUAAUACAGAAUCAUGGAACUUACGCUGCACUAUCUAUCUAUCUAUCUAUCUAUCUAUCU